AUGGAGCGGGAGGCGUCGCCGUGGGGCCUCGAGCCACGGGAUGUGCACAGUCCUGAGGAAACAGGGAGCCUCGAAGGGUCCCUCAGAGGCAACAUAAGUGACAAUAAGGAAGAAGAAGUUUCUCAGCAAGAAGGCCCUGGAGACUAUGAGGUUGAAGAGAUACCUUUUGGACUUGAACCCCAAAGCCCAGAGUUUGAACCCCAAAGCCCCAGAUUUGAGCCUGAAAGCCCUGGUUUUGAGUCCGGAAGCCCUAGGUUUGUGCCCCCAAGCCCUGAGUUUGCACCCAGAAGUCCUGAAUCAGAUUCUCAGAGCCCUGAGUUUGAGCCCCAGAGCCCCAGGUAUGAACCCCAAAGCCCUGGGUAUGACCCCAAGAGCCCCGGGUAUGAACCCAAGAGUCCCGGAUAUGAACCCCAGAGCCCUGGAUAUGAAUCCCAGAGUACAGAGUAUGAACCCCAGAACCCUGAGUUCAAAACUCAAAGUUCCAAACUUGACACUCAAAGUUCCAAAUUCCAGGAAGGUGCAGAGAUGCUUCUGAACCCCGAAGAAAAGAAUUCCCUGAGCAUCCCCUUGGGAGUCCACCCCCUGGACUCCUUCUCCCAGGGGUUUGGGGAGCAGCCCACAGGGGGCCUGCCGCUAGGGCCACCUUUUGAGAUGCCCACAGGCACCCUGCUGUCUACACCUCAGUUUGAGAUGCUCCAGAAUCCCCUGGGCCUGACGGGGGCCCUCCGGGGCCCAGGCCGGCGGGGUGGUCGGGCCAGGGCUGGACAGGGCCCUCGGCCUAACAUCUGUGGCAUCUGUGGGAAGAGCUUUGGGCGGGGCUCCACCCUGAUCCAGCACCAGCGCAUCCACACCGGUGAGAAGCCGUAUAAGUGUGAGGUCUGCAGCAAGGCCUUUUCUCAGAGCUCUGACCUCAUCAAACACCAGCGCACGCACACCGGUGAGCGGCCCUACAAGUGUCCGCGUUGUGGCAAGGCCUUCGCUGACAGCUCUUACCUGCUUCGCCACCAGCGCACCCACUCGGGCCAGAAGCCCUACAAGUGCCCCCACUGUGGCAAGGCCUUUGGCGACAGCUCCUACCUCCUGCGACACCAGCGCACCCACAGCCAUGAGAGGCCCUAUAGCUGCCCUGAGUGUGGCAAGUGCUAUAGCCAGAACUCCUCCCUACGCAGCCACCAGAGAGUGCACACUGGCCAGAGGCCCUUCAGCUGUGGUAUCUGUGGCAAGAGCUUCUCACAGCGCUCGGCACUUAUCCCUCACGCCCGCAGCCAUGCCCGUGAGAAGCCCUUCAAGUGCCCUGAGUGCGGCAAGCGCUUUGGCCAGAGCUCGGUGCUGGCCAUCCACGCCCGCACCCACCUGCCGGGCCGCACUUACAGCUGCCCCGACUGCGGCAAGACCUUCAACCGCUCCUCCACGCUGAUUCAGCACCAGCGCUCCCACACAGGCGAGCGGCCCUACAGGUGCGCCGUGUGCGGCAAGGGCUUCUGCCGCUCUUCCACGCUGCUACAGCAUCACCGCGUGCACAGUGGUGAGCGGCCCUACAAGUGUGAUGACUGUGGAAAGGCCUUCUCACAGAGCUCCGACCUCAUCCGCCACCAGCGGACCCAUGCAGCUGGCCGGCGCUGA